GCGAAUGGUUGGUUGUUUCUAUGUGCCCUGCGAUUGGCUGGCAACCAGUUCAGGGUGUACCCCGCCUCCUGCCCGACGAUAGCUGGGAUAGGCUCCAGCACGCCCGCGACCCUAGUGAGGAGAAGCGGCUCAGAAAAUGGAUGGAUGGAUGGAAACUUUUAACGUUGCGGGGCGUCAAGGGGGCGUGUCCUAACUACCUAUUGUUUAUAUCGAUGGCAGCAUCCCUCAAACUUGUUUAGGUCUGAUGAGGAGCUGACAUCAACUUUGUCAACAUGUAAGAAUGCACCAUAAGGGGCAGCCUGUCAAACCACAUCCCUACAAGUUUGAGCCACCACAGCCAGAAGAUUCUGACGUGUCUGAGAAUCAAACUCGUUCCUCUCAGUCUGCUGCCGAAUGGGAUGAAAGAUGCUGCAGAGUUACUGGGACACCGAGAGGCUCUCAAGUGUCGGCUGGGCGGCGGGGUGCCGGACCAGGGCCAUCCGGGAGACAUGGCCCCCGGUUCGGACUCCGUGGAGGGAGCCACCCUCCUGCCCGGCGAGGACAUCACCACCGUGGGAUCCAACUCGGCCGGUAUGACGGUGAACGGGAAAGAACCGGAGAAGCAGCAGCAGCAGCAGCAGCAGCAGCAACAGCAGCAACAACAGCAGCCCCAGCAGAGCUCCGGCGGGCAGGCCAGUCAGCAGAAACAGAAGCGCCACCGGACCCGCUUCACGCCGGCGCAGCUCAACGAGCUGGAGCGCAGCUUCGCCAAGACGCACUACCCGGACAUCUUCAUGAGGGAGGAACUGGCGCUCAGGAUCGGCCUGACCGAGUCCAGAGUUCAGGUCUGGUUCCAGAACCGCCGCGCCAAGUGGAAGAAGAGGAAGAAGACCACCAACGUGUUCCGCGCCCCGGGCACACUGCUGCCCACGCCGGGCCUGCCGCAGUUCUCGGCGGCCGCCAUGGAGAACAGCCUGUGCUCGUUCCACGCCAACGACUCGCGCUGGGCGACGGGCAUGCCGGGCGUGUCCCAGCUGCAGCUGCCGCCGGCGCUGCACGGCCGCCAGCCGCCGAGCAUGGCGCAGUCGCUGUCGCAGUGCAGCCUGGGCCACGGCCCGCCGCCCACCUCCAUGGGGCUGUCCAACGGCCUCUCGUCCAACGGCUCCGGCCUGCAGUCGCACCUGUACCAGUCGCCUUUCCCCGGCAUGUCGGCGUCGCUCUCCGGCCCCACGAACGUGUCGGGCUCCCCGCAGCUGUGUAGCUCCCCGGACAGUGACAUGUGGAGAGGGACCAGCAUCGCGUCCCUCCGGCGCAAGGCGCUGGAGCACACAGUGUCCAUGAGUUUCACUUAGUGACUUUGUACAAAAUAGAAAGAAACACGCGUACCGCCCCCCCCCCCCCCCCCCCACGCAGACUCUCCACACCCUCGCCCCAAUUUAGACGGGAAACAAACAAAGAAAACAAUUAAAACAAGCGAGAAGCGGGGACGCAAGGAACAACACCCACGCAGCCAUUUGAAAGCAGCUGACGCUGAAUCCCCUUGUAAUGAUCUCCGGAGGGCCAAACAAUUGUCGUGCCUCUCGCAGCACUUGUAAUGUUGUGUUCAAGUGAACUUGUGUUAUGUCAAACGGUAAUUUAUUGAAUAUACAUUGGGGUUAAUUUUGUAUUUUGGAUUUCUUUUAAUUUUUUUUGGAAGGGGGGUGGUAACAGCUUGUGCGUGGGCCCGUUGCGGCGUUGCACUGUGCAUGCGUGGGGAUUUUACACGAAGGGACACUGCACACACACACGCACACACUUAUACUCUACGGUGAUCUUUCAGUCUAGGCCUAAACUCUGUUUUAGGGUGUUUUUGUGUAGAUUUAAAAAACAAACAAAAACAAAAAAAAAACACCAACAUUCUUGUGUGACAUGUUUUAACUUAUUGUAUGUGCUAUAUUACUUGACACAUUUCUUAUUAAAUGUUUGAUCUUACAUUGAAAUGCAUCACAUUGACAGGUUUGUACCAAUUGGAAAAAAAACAACAACCCACCAACA